CGCUAACGCAGCGAGUCGACACGUACACACGUGCGUCGCGUGUUGGCACGCAACCCCGCGCCAAUCAAUAUCCAGCUAUAUAGGGUGUGUGCGCAUUCAUUUGCCGUGGGAAUUUAGUCUCUAUCAUCUCGGCUUCUCGUGACUUCGGGAGAACCAGCGGAAUUAUAAAGGGAGAGGCAUUACGAUUCAGAACUAGGAAAUCAAUCGAAGGAUGGAAGUUAAAGGGCGAGUUGCCCUGGUAACGGGGGCUGCUUCCGGUAUCGGCAAAACUUACGCCAUCGAGUUAUUAAAUCAAGGAGCCAAGGUAUCGAUUUGUGAUAUCAACAGUACGGAAGGUGAGAAAUUGGCCGACGAACUGACCGUGAAAUAUGGAAAAGAUCGAGUGAUAUUCUCCCAGUGCGAUGUCACGGAUUAUCCACAAUUCGAAGCGUCGUUUCAAACAACGAUCGCUGCUUUUGGACAUAUCGACAUCGUCAUCAACAACGCCGGUAUCAUGAACGAUCGAUUCUGGGAGCUCGAAGUUGACAUCAAUCUUAACGGUGUGAUACGUGGCACUCUCUUGGCUCAACGAUUUAUGGGUACGGAUAAAGGUGGACAGGGUGGUGUAGUCGUGAAUACCGGAAGCAAUAUCAGUAUCAACCCCUACGUCAGCGUGCCCAUCUAUUCGGCUACGAAGGCGGCAAUCGUCAGUCUUACCAGAGCAUUUGGGGAUCAGUAUCACGUGGAGCUAACGGGCGUCAAAGUGAUGGCACUUUGUCCAAGUGCCACGGACAGUAAUUUGGUGGCAGAUGUUGGAAAACAAUUACUUUCGCCGCGAUAUCAGGAUGCCUGGAGUCGAGACACUGCUUCUUCGGUUCCGCAAAAAGCGGAGCACGUUGCCAAAGCGUUGAUUCAUAUUUUGAGUAUGGGCAAAAGCGGAAGUAUUUGGAUGGUCGAGAACGGUGAAGCACCUCGCGAAGUGAACUUUCCAAAGUAUUAAAUAAUUCACUUAAGAGAAAAUAAUAAAAAAAAUAAGUUUUAACGCGUCCGUCUUGCACGACACGUGAUUCUUCCUCGCUUUGACCACAAGAUAACUAUGCCGUACCAUAAUAUUACGUAUAAUUGUAUCGAUUUUAUAAUCGAACAUUGCCGAAAUCGUAAGUUCUCGAUCGAACUCCGUGACGAUCACGCUCAGGAUCACGAUUACGAUAUGGUCGAUCGAUGUUUGCUCGAUCAUCAUGUCGAAAGACGAUCUGUCGACAUUUUGUACGUUUUUACUCAUUCAACAGACCUGUAAGUAGCACCAAUCCGAUAAAAUUAGCACGCUAGAAUCGCGUCGAUCGCUUGAACGUUAACGGAUACGUCCGUUGAUCAUCCGCUUUUAAAAAUGGAAAAAAGUACGUGUGACUGAGUGAGCGAGUAUGUGUGUGCGCGCGCGCGUGUGUGUGUGUGUGUGCGUGCGUGCGUGUGCGUGCGUGCGUGUGCGUGUGUGUGUGUGUGUGAGAGAGAUAGAGGAGAGAAAGAGAGCAAUUGACACAUGAAGUACAUACUCGUAUUAUAAGUAAAUAGGUAUUAUUCGUCCGUCGUGCGUCGACGAAGAUAAAAACAUAAAGUUAUAAAAAGUAAUAAGAAAGCAUUGAAUAUACCACAUUUUUCUACAUAUUUUUGCGGCAGAAUAAAAGACAGCAAAUUUGAAUAAAGGACUGGGCCAAUUAGCGAGGGCCUGAUAAAUAAUAUUCGCUUCUUCGAAGAUUCGAAGCAUUCUUAUCGUACGAUAGAAAGCUCAUUUUUUUACUUGCAAAAUAAAAUCUGAUAACAAAUAACUGAUAUUGUAAUUAAUAAUAGUAACAAUUUGUGAAUAAUUAUUUAUACGUACCAAUGAUGCUUAAGAACGACAGACUAACGAUCUUAAAGAUCGAAGCUUAAUCAUUAAUAAUAAUUAAUCAUCGAAAAACGAUUUGGGUGGGCUGACUUUAUAAUUUUGAUACUUAUAAUAUGCAUAAUAUCAUAAUUGCUUUAUCGAAUAUUCGAUCGCACAUUUGUAUACACGAUUUAUAUAAUUUUAAGCCUCGACCACAAUUGAGGAUUUAGGAUUGAUUAUUUUCUAUUGUCAAUUUUAAUUUAUUAUUUUAUAUGUUAAGUUAAUUUCAAUAUACCAUAAUAUAUAGGUGACGAGCGAGAUUUCGGAGGAUGAAACACGUUCAAAGCAAAUACAUGCAUACAUACAUACAUAUGUAUAUUACGUAUUCUGGAUCGACGAGAUAUAAAAGAAAAAAAAAAAAAAAAAAAAAAAAAAAAGAAAAAAAAAACUUCGUAGGUAGUGGAAACUGUUGUUGGUUUAUUUGUUAUGAUUUGCUGAGAAUGUAUGUUGCAAGCUUUGCCAAUAAAAUCGCAUAGCUUUUUAAGAAAAUCGAAAAGAAGAAUA